CUCGCAUCGCGAUAAAUCACUCACUCUUAGCAUUCUUGUAUAUUAUUAUUUCAGUGAGAAGCAGCUGUGCGAAAAAAAUAUAAAACAAAAAUCCAGAAAAUUUUUAUGUGAGAAAAUUUCACCAGCAAAUCGCCACAUUUUCAACUAUUCUGCAGUCCUCGUCGUCACCCCGAGUACGUAUGACGCAGAAAAGAAAAAAAAGUUUAUCUGGACAUUAAAUUCAAAUAAUCGCGCUACUUCAAAUAAUUGAAAAGAAAUAUAAAUAUAAACUACACUGUUCGCCUAGCUAUUGAUAAACAGAUCUGUUUGUAACGAAGUAAGAAAAAAGAAGAGAUAUAAAGAAGUGUGUAAGUAAUAACGGCGUACACGUAUAAUUUGGUGAAUAUUGUAAACUAUGUGAUGAAAAGAACUGGGAAAAUAUAUAGUGAGAAAAAAGUGCAUAUUUUGAUAGGCCACACAUCGACUAAUCUUAACGAAAAACUUAAAUAUAUCGAAACUAAAGUGAAAAAUAGGUGAAUUAGAACUUUUACUGUGUGCAGUUCAGAAGACUUUUGCAGUUGUGACUUGAGUGUGAAUUUUUGAUUUGAACAAUAUUAACAAAAAAAAAUUGCCGCUAACUAAUCGUCCUCUGGAUUGAAAGCCUCAUAUAAUAUAAUGGUGUGUCAUGGAUUAACUGUUAAGAAGAUUUUUGGCCCCGCUUUCCAACCAGAUGAACAUAACAAAUAAAAAAACAAAAAAAUAUUUGGCACAUCCACCUCUUCACAUUUUAAUUCACUCUUCUAAUAACAUCAACAACAACAACUACAACCAAAUAAUCGUUUUGAUUCUAAUUAAUUAAAAAAGAUGUAAUAUACAACCAAAUUCAAUGCCAUCAUCGUAAUAAUUUCACAUCGACUUCAUUGUACAUACACGCUCUAAAAAGCAUCAACUCUCACAGUGUAACGUUGAUGCGUCUGUGCUAUCUUCAUCUGCUACACUAAAUAACAACUAUAGCUUGAUAUCGGCCGUACAUUUUACCGUAAACUAUAAAUACAACGGCCGAAAGAGAGUAGUUGUACGAACUAUCUGCUUGUGACCGGUAGACAAAUAUUUUCAUUUUUUUAUUUGUUUUACAAUUUGCGCCAUGAGUGCGUGAGGCUUUAUCAAAAUAUCGAAUCAAAUACGGAGCGGUUAAUUACGAAAAAGAAAUUCUACGUUCGUAACGAAGCAAGGAAUAGAGCAGGUGAAGAAGAAAAUUUUUGACAAACUACGAAGCUAAAAAAAGUUUGUUUUUCUUUGAAUGUGUUGCUGCGUUUCGUUUUUACGUGUAGACCGAAACGCUUACAUAGUAGAAAAUAUAUUUCCGGAAACAGUUUUGUAUACCAUGUGAUGCAGUGUGCUUUCUGGGAAGAACGAUAACGAAACCAAUAAACUAUCUUCGAAACAAAAGACACGAGAGAAACAUCCAUUUUAAUCGGAUUUUUAUUUUAUCGAUCAUUGUUCGGAUGUGCCAUUUUUCACAAAGUCAAGCUUUAACAAAAUAUCAACAAAAAACAACAACAACAACAAUAAAAGAGUGCAAAUUGUGUGUGAUGAAAAAGAGCUGAAGCAAUCGAUUUUUAUACAUUUUUUUUGCAGUGAAACUAAUGCAGUGAAUAGGGCUUUGAUACACAAUAGCACACACAUAUUGAAAUGCUAUUUUAAUUGAUAAAGAAUAAAAAAAAUGUAAAAUUCGUUUUCACUAAACGAACUUGUAUAAAUAGCAGACAUUCAAAAUAAUUGCCAGCACAAUAAAGCCAGAAAAAAAAAAAUUCGGCCAAUUUUGAAUAUCGAAAUAUGCGUUUCGGGCAAUGAAUAAUUUAAAAAUGAGAACAUAGUCUGGGCUCCUGCCAUUCCAGGGAGACCCAGCCGAAACAAAACUUUAUUAGAAAUGAAAAUAAAAUGGCUGGCCCGCAAGCACAACGACCCAUCUCUCAGCAUGAGGGUACCAGUGCAUCACGGGCACUACGACCAAUCGUUCAGGAUGUGGAGCAACAGCACGUUGAAAUUGCUGUGGACGAUGACGACGAUGACCAACGGACCAAAGAUGUGGAACGGGGCGAAGGGAAGCGGGUUCGGCAUCGACAUCAUCACAGACGUCCACUAUACAGACGACUUAUUAGUUACAUAAGGAAUGCUUGGACGGCUGGUGUUAAUUUUUCAUCGUCAAACGAUUCCGAAUUAGAGGAAUUAGAGACACCAAUACGUUAUCGUCCGGAUUCACUAAGUGCCCUAUGCCGAACAACACGUUUCUCCGAAGCUGAAAUAAAACGAAUUUAUCGCGGUUUCAAGGCUGAAUGUCCCACUGGCGUUGUAAAAGAAGACACAUUCAAACUUAUCUAUUCGCAGUUUUUCCCUCAGGGAGGAGAUACAACAGGAGCAAACACCGGACUAUAUGCACAUUACGUGUUUAACACAUUAGACCAAGAUCGUAGCGGUAUUGUUAGCUUUGAGGAAUUCGUUCAAGGCCUGUCAAUACUUUCGAGAGGUUCAAUGGACGAGAAAUUACAGUGGACAUUUUCAUUAUAUGAUAUAAAUGGUGAUGGUUACAUAACUAGAGAUGAAAUGACUGAUAUUGUCACGGCCAUAUAUGAACUGAUGGGACGGCAUCCGGAUAGCACGGGACCGGAAGAGGAGAAAAUCAAGGACAAAGUAGAGAAAAUAUUUCAGAAAAUGGACGUUAACCGUGAUGGCGUUGUAACAUUAGACGAAUUCCUAGAUUGUUGUCGAAACGAUGAUGCUAUUUCACGAUCGAUGGCUGUAUUUGAUACGUCCUUCUGACAUGAUGUACCAAAUGCAGGCGCACCAAAUCCAACCAAUCAAACCAAACCACUUAAGUCACCUGCAUUAGAUCAACGACACCGAAACCAUCAACAUCAACAUAGACACCAUCAGAAUCAUCGCAAUUUACACGAUAAUCGCAGCACACAAAAUGGCCAUCAUCACCAUCAUCAUCAUCAUCAUCAUUCGAAUGGUCGUCAUUAUCGAGACAACAAUAGCAGCCAUCAUCCAUCGACCAGCAAUAAUAGUUCGGUUUUGCACCUCAGCCAUUCGGUAAGUACACAACAAGAAUCGCCAGAUCCUUCCUUAGUCAAAGUUAAGUCUUGGUAUACUGUGGCGAAACAGGGUGUCUCUUGCUAAAUAAGUAUAUUCGUGUCAGGAAUUGAGAUGGGAAAUAAUAUAAAGAAACUUUGAUAGUUAGCGCACUUACAAGUGAAACCAACUCUUGGGCUUUAAUUGAUGAAUAAAACAAAAGGAAAAUAUUAACGAAAAACAUGAAAAAUUAUAUGAAUAAACCAAAGUUAAAAAAAAAUUAAAUGAAACCAAAACAAAGGGAUGAAAUAAAUAUAUUUUCAAUGUUGAUGUUGAUGAUCUAUAUAUAAUAAUAAAAAAGAUGAAAAAAAUUCAGAAAAUUGAAACUUAUGAUUGUAGUUAUAGAUGAACAGAUAUUUAUAUUAGAUAAAAGAAAUAUUAUUGGAAUUACAGAGCAGAUAAAUAUAUCUUAUAUAUAUAUUGACGAUGUGUUUUAUGCGUGUAAAUAAAAUUAAAACAAAAAAUAAUUAUAGAAAAUUUUCUCCAUAUUGGAUCUAUUUUGGAACUUAAAAUAUUCAAAUUUCAAUGGAAAAUGUUUUUGAAAUGACAUCGGCAUAUUGUAUAAUAUAAAACAAUAUGCAAAAACAACACCUGAAAAGCUCUUCCACCCGCAUCGAACAUGAAACAUUGAUAAUUUAUCAAUGUUGCUGCUUUAAGAUAUUUAUAACCACACCAUAUCCACACAUUGACAACACACACCAAAGAUGCAAAAAUUAAUGUAUUCUAAUUAAUCAUUCUGUACGACUUGAACGUAAUAUAUCUAACAUCGAAGGUGUACCAGAUAUUCCAAUGACAUAACGAUUUUUGACAAUUUCUUAACAUAGCCUCUGAUCCCGAUUUUGUACAUUGCGCUGGAUUAUCUUAUGUUUUAAGGGAUUAACGGAUUUAACAUUCUGUUAUAAAUAUCGCUUUAAGGUCUUAAUGGCACAUCGCCUUCAGUGGUCUAAUGGAUUUUCAUAUUUAAUUUUACAGACCUGGGGUUUCUUAUUUGCUAGUUUGUGGAUAAAAUUGUGUACACACCUCGGGAAAGAAAUGAAGAGGCAAGUUUACGUGUGAUUAUUCACAAUAAUCACACGUAAACUUGACUUUUGAGCUUUCUAUCUCAAUAUAAGUAACCUUAUUUAAGAUGACUAUGGACUAGAAUUUUCGUGAGAGUGAAAAUGAGUCUUUAUAUUUUUACUUCGAGUUAUAUAACAUGUUGAGAGCAGAAGUGAGCCAGUUAUCCGAAAAACUGGAAUUUUUGGUUCGGUUUUUCGGUAAGACAAUAUGAAUGAAGCCAGAGUCGUCAAAAUUGAUUGAUUUGAUAAUAAACUCACCGAAAAUUAGUAAACGGGGCAAUUGUAUACGAAUUGUACUGAAAUCAGAAAAUCUCUCGAACAUGAUUUCUCACACAAAUUGUAUAUUAUUGCUCCGUUUACUGAUUUUCGGUGAGUCUAUAAUCAAAUCAAUCAAUUUAGACGAGUCUGGCUUCAUUCAUAUUUUUUUACCGGAAAACCGGAAUAUUCGGUUUAAUCUAAAUAUUCGGAUAUUCGGAUAUUCGGAUAACCGGCUCAUCUCUGGUUGAGACCGUCGAAAGUAGUGUUUGAGACAUGAAAAGUACGGGUUUCGACGCAUACAGUAUGUAUUACUUCAUCACCUUUUCUAUAAUGAGAGAACACCGGCCUGCUUCUGUCGAAAAAAGAUUAUUAAAUAGUUUACGACAAGAUCCCUGUAGCCUAAUGAAAUCUAUUUUAUGCAAACUGUAAAAUGGUUGAAAUAAAACUUAAAUCACUGCUACGGACAGGCACCACCACUUCAUUUAGUAGUUGAAUACGGGAAAACAUACAAUCAAUCUUUUACCAUGAUCAAUUUAUUAUCAUUCCUUAACCUAGAGGGUGUGGGACACAAUUGACAAAUUAGAUGAGCUCAUUCAGUAUGUGCAAUAAUAUUGAUAGGGAGCACAACAUUCGAGCCCCUUAAUU